GAAUGCCAUUCGCGCCGGAAUGAAAAUGUGGACUGAUACUUGCAUCAGAUUCAAGCAAAGGACAAAUGAAUACGCGUAUGCGAGGUUCUGGAAGGGAGAGAAGUGCUCUUCCCAUGUUGGUCACACGGGUCGCAAGCAAGACAUCUCAUUGGCUGGAGGAUGCUGGCACGCGGGAAUCGUCGCGCACGAGAUUGGUGAGAUUAAUCUCUUGCAAUGCACUGUGUUGAAGGUCACGCACUUGGUUUCUACCACGAGCAGUUACGCCCUGACCGUGACAGCUACGUCACGAUCAACUGGGAUAACAUUGUAUCAGAUAUGAAGUUCAACUUUAACAAGUAUUCUCGCUCAACCAUCGAUUCCCUGGAAACUCCCUAUGAUACAACAGCAUCAUGCACUACGACAGCCACCGGCGGCCUUUAGCAGAAACGGCGGAGCUACGAUCACGC